ACUAACGGAAAGAAACCCUAAUCGGAACGAGAAAUUGUGGAUUUCCAUCCGAAUUUGAACACGAAAUCAACGAACAAUUAGGCAUUUCAUUGCGAAAUUUUGAUUCGGCAAUGAAAGAGAAUGGAAGAAAGAAGAACAGCGCAAACAGAAAAGGAAUUAAGAGGUGGUGGUGGAGAUUUGAUUUGUCUCGUACGGUACGCAAAGCCAAAUCGUUUCUAUUUCUGGACACUAAAACCAAAACAAUCGCUUCUCCCGUAGCGUUUUCAGGCGAGUACCGCACGUUUCCAGAUAUCAUUUUUUAACCGAACCAGCUUGAUUAGACCAAACAAUGUCACAAACUGAAGAGAUAGAGAGAUAGAGAGAGAGAGAGAGAGAGAGAGAGGAAUUGAAUGAGUGAAUAGAUAUCCAUUUUACUGUAGAAGGAGAUAUGGACGUGUACCUGGUUUUGGUUUUAAGAGCGUACUAAUGCCUCGCUGUCUUGCAUGUGAAGAGGUUGUGGCCUUUCUCUCUGUUACGUGCAUCAUCAACACUAUAAACCCACCACACCCCAACUGGCACUUUUUUUUCAUUUUGAUUCAUUCAUUUCACUCCAGGAGAAUCCUCAGGACAAAAUCCUGUUUUUUGUUGGGAUUUCUGUUCAUUAGAUUUCUUACACCCCACUUUGGUUGCUGAAAUUUUGUUUGUGGGAAUUGGAAUCUCAUUUUGAUUUAGUCUCUGUUUUCAUCUUGAAUUGGGUUGUUGCACACAACCUGUUUGAUAAAAGUCCUGAGAGGAAAAAAGGGUUGGGAUUAUGGAUUUGUUGGAUUCUGAGUGUAGCAGUGGGUGUGAGUCUGGUUGGACUCUGUAUUUGGAGCAAUCAUUUCUUUCUCAUGGCGGCUCUGAUCGCAUUGUUGACCGAGAAAGUGGGUUCUGUGAUGGAUAUUGGAAAGCUGAAGCUACUGAAGAACAUGAGGUUGAGGAGGAUCUUUCUAUGGUCUCUGAUGCAUCUUCUGGCCCUCCACAUUUCUUUGAAGACGAGGCUUGCUCUCAUGAAGAUGAUGGCCAUUUCUCUCAUGCUUCUAAGUCAGUAACACCGGAGAAGAACAAGGGAAAGAAGCAGAAAAUUACAGAAUAUCAAUGCCAUGAUCAGCCAUCUUCCUUCCUAGAUGACACUGCUAGUUCCCCUGCUCACAACUUCACUGCUAAUAACUUCCCCAAUCAAGGCUCAAUGGAAAGCUUCUUGGGCUUGUCUCAAACCAGUCAUUUUGAGGAAAGAUCAUCAUUUACAGAGCAUUUUGGGUUCCUUCAAUCUUCUCUAUCAGGAAAUAGAUUGCAAAAGAACCAGUGGUUUGAAGGGAAAGGAAUAGGGAUGAGAUGAGCAAAUGUAGAGGGAAAUGGAUCUCUGAAGAGAUGGGUUUUGAUUCCCUUUCUCUUCUUUUCAUCUUCUUUUUAUUUCCUUUUUGUGACUGUCAAUGCAAUGGGAAACAACAUUAGAGCAAAAAAGUUGAGUUUCUAAGAACAUCAUGAACAGUGUGUCUGAUUUAUUUGCUCAACUCUUUCAACAAUGACUACUUCCACAGCCAUCCCUGUCCAAUUUGACCU